AUGCCUUACACCCUGCCGCAUGUCAGGGGCCAGGAAGCAAUGAAGUCAGAUCCCAGCUGCAGCCUUUCCUGGCUCCCGGCUCUGGACACCCCACCCAGGCUGGAACCAGCAGAAGAUGGGGGCUUUUCCUCCUUCACCUUUGGAGAGAAUGGGCAUUAUUCCUGCCCAGUCCAACCAGGAUGGAGUCCAACUUCUGAUCCUAGCCACCAAGACUCUGCAGCCAUCUCUUCAGACUUCUGGAUUUACAUGGGGUCUUUCUACCUUUGUACCUUAGCUCAUCUGGAACCCCCUCCUCAUCUCUCCCUGUGA